AUGGAACAAACGGUAAAACAUCACACUGAACAUCCAAAAAACUUUUCUUUCGGUCAGCUGAUUGACAUGAUUUCAACACCUGCUACAUUGAAGCACUUAUUACGCAUGGUCCCGGACAUCAUGAAUGGGUCAGCAACUUCGCAUAUCAGACGCCAAAAAUUUCUAGACAACUUCCAAAACUUAGUCAAUUUCAACAGACCUUCAGAAAACUUCAGAAAACACCUGCAUUCAACAUUUUCCACGGGCACUACGGUAGAUCAACGCGGACUGGACCCAAUGUUCGGGAAACCUUUGAAUACGAUAGAUACCCGGAUAAAGUCACCUUUGAAUAGUGGCGCUCAGGUGAUCAACGAUCUUAAUAAUGCCCAAAAUCGUCUGAAUUUCGAGUUUGAUCCCAAGCUGUGGUGUGAUACGCACUUUCCUAGCAACUUUUACGAUGCUGAUGGCUACGUCAGCGGGUAUUAUGAACAGCUGAACCAAGUGAAAAAGUACUGCAGUAAACAGUUAGAGAAUACAUUCUGGGUGACCUCAUACCAUGUGUCUGGAAAAGUUCGUAACAAACUCUCGUUUUGUUUUUCUCAGGUAAAGGUGUGGUUUCAAAAUCGAAGAACAAAGUUUAAGAGAGUACGUCUUGAUGACAAGGACGAAGCUGAGGAAAAUGCUCAGCAUAGUACGGACGCUGAGCUGCCUUCGCCUACACAAUCUGUCGACGAUAAACUGUAUGGAAGAAAACGUCACGCAACAAAUUUAAUUCAAGAGAAAUCGCUCCAGACCUGUCCUCUUGUGAAAGAGGCUUCGAAACUUUCAGGGGCAGAUUCUUCACCAGAAAAAGAAACCACAUUUAGACCGGCCGCCCCUAUUUCUGGCGGUAAGUUGAAUCUUCAUCACAGGGCUUCAUCACAUACAAUAUCCUAA